CUGGCCCGGCAAAAAGUGCCAGAAGAAAACUGUGAAAACAAAAUAUCUCUGCUGAAUGAAUUUCUAAAUACCCUCUCCAACUAUGUCGGUUAAACUUAAGAUUGCAAUUAUUGGCCAGAGCAAUUUCGCCGCAGAUGUUUUGGAGCUCCUGCUGGAGCGCUCGGACCUGCAGGUCGUGGGCGUCUUCACAAUUCCGGACAAGGGCAGUCGCGAGGACAUCCUGGCCACCACCGCCGCCGCCCACAAGAUACCCGUGUUCAAGUUUGCCAGCUGGCGGCGGAAGGGCGUGGCUCUGCCCGAGGUCCUGGAGCAGUACAAGUCGGUGGGCGCCACCCUGAACGUGCUGCCCUUCUGCUCGCAGUUCAUCCCCAUGGAGGUGAUCGACGGGGCGCCGCUGGGCAGCAUUUGCUACCACCCGUCCAUCCUGCCACGCCACCGCGGGGCCAGCGCCAUCUCGUGGACCCUGAUCGAGGGCGACGAGGUGGCCGGCUUCAGCGUCUUCUGGGCGGACGACGGCCUGGACACGGGCCCCCUGCUGCUGACGCGGCAGACAAACGUGGAGCCGACGGACACCCUGGACUCCAUAUACAAGCGCUUCCUCUACCCCGAGGGCGUGAAGGCCAUGGGCGUGGCCGUCGACAUGGUGGCCCGCGGCACGGCGCCCAAAAUCGCCCAGACGGAGGUGGGCGCCACCUACGACCCGGCCAUGUUCAAGGCGGAGAACCAGGCGGUGGACCUGCGCAGCUCCGCGGAGCGCAUCUGGAACUUUGUGCGGGGCCUGGACUCCGUCCCCGGGGCCCUGGCCACCGUGCUCCACGAGGACGGGUCCGAGGAGCAGGUGCGUCUGUUCGGCGCCCACCUCUACGCCGCCGGCCCCGUCGCGGACGGUCGGCCCCUGCGGCUGAAGGGCCUGGACAAGCCGGCCUGGGUCCACGGCGGCGGGCUCCUCAUCGAGGGCACCGACGGGGCCUUCGUCAACAUCCGGCGCGUCAAGCGCGGCCCCAAGGUGAUCAGCGCGGGCGAGUGGUUCAAGCAGGCGGAGCACCAGCCGAUCACCGACUUCAGCGAGGACGAGCUGGCCAAGCGGGCCCUGCUGGCCGGGAUCUGGCAGGCGAUCCUCAAGGAGCCGGUCGAGCCCUCGACCGACUUCUUCGCCGCGGGCGCCGGCUCCAUGGACGUCGUGCGCCUGGUGGAGGAGGUCAAGGAGGCCUUCGACGUGCCCCUGGAGAACGAGCAGGUGUUCAUGGCGCCCGUGUUCGAGGAGUUCUUCGACCAGCUGGUCAGGAGCCUCCGCCAGGGCGGCGGGUCGGCUGGCCAGCAGCUGGACUUCGAGGGGUUCACGCUGCGGGCCAACAAGCGGGAGAUCCGGGUGCCCACGCAGCUCUUCAUCGACGGCGCGUUCGUGGACGCCGAGGGAAGGCGCACCCUGGACAUCGUCAACCCCACCGACGAGGAGGUGCUCUGCCGGGUGGCCUGCGCCUCGGCCGGCGACGUGGACAAGGCGGUGCGGGCGGCCCACGCCGCCUUCCACGGACCCUGGAAGCAGGUCUCCGCCAGGCAGCGCGGCCAGCUGAUGCUCGCCCUGGCGGAUCUGCUGGAGCGGCACAAGGAGGAGCUGGCCACCAUCGAGUCCGUGGACUCGGGCGCGGUCUACACGCUGGCCCUCAAGACCCACGUGGGCAUGUCCAUCGACGCGUGGCGCUACUUCGCCGGCUGGUGCGACAAGAUCCAGGGCAGCACGAUCCCCGUCAACCCGGCGCGGCCCAACAACGUGCUGACCUUCACCCGCAAGGAGCCCAUCGGCGUCUGCGGGCUGAUCACGCCCUGGAACUACCCCCUCAUGAUGCUCUCCUGGAAGAUGGCCGCCUGCAUUGCCGCCGGCAACACCUGCCUAAUCAAGCCCGCCCAGACCUGCCCCCUGACCGCACUGAAGUUCGCCGAGCUGGCCGUCCGGGCCGGGUUUCCCCGCGUGAUCAACGUCCUGCCCGGCAAGGGAUCCGAGGCUGGCCAGGCGGUGGCGGACCACCACCUGGUGCGCAAGCUCGGCUUCACCGGCUCCACCCCCGUGGGCAAGCACAUAAUGAAGUCCUGCGCCGACUCCAACCUCAAGAAGUGCUCCCUCGAGCUGGGCGGCAAGAGUCCGCUGGUCAUCUUCGCGGACUGCGACAUCGACAAGGCUGUCAAGCACGGCAUGUCCUCGGUGUUCUUCAACAAGGGCGAAAACUGCAUCGCAGCCGGCCGACUUUUCGUGGAAGACCGCAUCCACGACGACUUCGUGCGACGCGUCCUCAAGGAUCUGCGCACCAUGACCAUUGGGGACCCGCUCAACCGCUCGACUGCCCACGGGCCCCAGAACCACAAGGCGCACUUUGAGAAGCUACUCGAGUUCUGCCAAAAGGGGGUGGACGAGGGCGCCAAGCUGGUCUACGGAGGCUGUCGCGUCCCGAAUCUCAAGGGCUACUUCUUCACGCCCACGGUGUUCACCGACGUCACGGACGAUAUGUUCAUUGCCCAGGAGGAGUCCUUCGGACCCAUCAUGGUCAUCUCCAAGUUCAGCGGCAGCGACGUCGACUCUCUGAUGCUGCGGGCCAACCGGACGGAGUACGGCCUGGCCAGCGGGGUCUUCACCAAGGACAUCGCCAAGGCGCUCAGCUUCGCUGACCGCGUCGAGGCCGGCACCGUGUUCAUCAAUGUAUACAACAAGACGGACGUGGCCGCUCCCUUCGGGGGCUUCAAGCAGAGUGGCUACGGAAAGGACCUGGGCCAGGAGGCGCUCAACGAGUACCUCAAGACCAAGUGUGUGACCGUUGAGUACUGAUCUCUCGGGAACCAACUCAGGCGGUGGUGGGCCAAGCCCAAGAGUGAAAAGACUUUGUAUUUGCCUAGCUCAUAGUUAUGUACCUAUACAGAACCCCUCUCUAUCUAAUAAAAACAGAAAUACCGAAAGAAA